AUGUCAAGACCACAACACCCAGCGUCGAUACCAACUACUUCAGUCUCGUCAAGCCCUUUUAUGCAGACUGCAAAGAGUGCGCUGGGAAAAAUUGUAAAAUACUCGAGGCAAGCUCGUGCUCGCGCUCAAGGCGGCUUGAUUAAAAACAUGGAGAUCCAAUCAAUGAUCGAUAGUGAAAUUUUCGGAAUUCAAAGCGAUCGACGUACAAAAUUGACACCGCUUCAACAAUUUCAACUUCUACACGUUCUCGCCCAAUUUUUCCUCGAGCGCGGCGAGGAUCAUAGCAAAUACACGUAUUUUGAAGCGGUUUUUCUUGGACGUGAGAAUGAUCCGGCGCUUCAUGAGUUCCGCAUGGAAAUAAUGCUUCAAUUAAUAUCAUUCUCUCUUCAAUUUCCUGUUCUCCAAAUAUUCAACCAUGUUGUCAAUUAUUUGGGAAAGAUCAACGAUCAAGACGAGGCUAAAAAGUUUGCUGAUACGAUUGUUGAAGUGCUCACUGAGCAUUUCGUUCGGUCAGCGGAUAAUAAAAACAAAGUGUACGAAUUUCUGAUUCCUUUGGAACACUCAUGCGCUGAAAUCACGGCAGUUUUCAUUGCAUUGGCACCGCUUCAAAUUCCAAUCAACAAUCCGAUGUGUGUCGUUCUGGCGAGCUACCUCAACAAGAAUCUGCAAUUUGUAUUAAGGCAUCUUCGUGAUAAUCCGUAUCUCGGCGAUAAUUUUGCGGAAAAGACACUUCCCAAAAUGGUUCAUCAUGUUAUCAGUAAUACGCACGAAUCGCGAACGCUGGAUCAACUUACCAAUGCGAUUUGCUAUAUUCUUCAACGAUGGAAUAGCACAAUUGCGCAGGGACGAAGUUCGAGCACGAAAACGGAAAUCGAUGUGAUUGAAGUUAUUCUGGAUGACAGCCUCCCCUGGUCAAAACGUCGGGUUUCGUUGCUUGCCGGAGCGAUUGGAACAACGAAAAUGAGCAAGAAGGAGAUUUUAAACAAAAUGUCUAAAAUGAAAAUACCGCCCUCAUUUUUCUAUGUUACUGACACGGUCAAUCAUCAACGUUGCGAGAAUCUUUCAGACACAAGCUAA